GCCGAGAGCCAGAGGGCAGCGGCGCGUUGGCCAUUUAUAUCUGUGGUGCCGCGCGAGGGCGCGUCGCGUCGCGUAGUCGCGGGCUGCGGAGGCACAGUGCACGGCAGCGUCAGGCACCGGCGAGCCUUCGGCCUCUCGGCUUAAUAUCUCCGCGCGUCUCCAGACCAGCUGCUGUUGGCCGGGACAGGGAAAGCGUCGGAGGAAGAGCACGGGAAGUGGACAUGGCUGGUGUUCUGCUGGAGGUGGAAGAAGCGCCGGAGGGUGGGGGAGGCAUACGCUCCGUGCUGACCAUGGGUUCGCUGGUCUCUCCCUCCGGGAACGAGGUGCACUUUCCAGAGCUCGAUGGCAAGAUCAUCGGCCUCUACUUCGCUGCAAACUGGUACCCGAAAUGCGAGGCCUUCACCCCGGUGCUGGCCGCGGCCUACCAGCAUCUCAAGGAGCGCGGCGCCGGCUUCGAGGUGGUCCUGGUGUCGUGCGACGAGGACCGGCCGUCGUUCGAGAGGUUCCACCGCACCAUGCCGUGGCCGGCCGUGCCCUUCGGCGAUCUCCAGUGCAAGAAGCGCCUCAGCGAGAGGUUCCAGGUCGAGGGCAUCCCGCGCCUGGUGGUGCUCGCCCCGGACGGCGAGGUCGUUCACCCGGACGCCGCCGACCUCGUGCACCGCUACGGCGAGAGGGCGUUCCCGUUCACGGCGGCGCGGGUGGCGGAGCUGGAGGCUGACGACCAGCACAAGUACGCGUCCCAGACGCUGGAGAAGCUCUUCUCCAUCGACGGGAAAGAGUUCGUGAACGGUGGCAACGAACAGGUUCCGAUCUCGAGCCUGGUGGGGAAGACGGUGGGCCUCUACUUCUCGGCGCACCAGUGCGCGCCGUGCAUGAAGUUCACGGCGAAGCUGGCGGCCAUCUACCGCAGCCUCAAGGGGAGAGCGAAGGACUUCGAGAUCGUGUACAUCCCCAUGGACAAGGAGGAGGACGGGUACCUGCGCUCGUGCAGCGACAUGCCGUGGCUGGCGCUCCCCUACGACGGGGCGCCGUCGCGGGCGCUGGCGAGGUACUUCGACGUGCGGGAGAUCCCGACGCUGGUGGUGGUCGGGCCCGACGGCAAGACGGUGACGCGCGACGGCCGGAACCUGGUGAACCUCUACUUCGACAUGGCGUUCCCGUUCACGGACGCGCAGAUCAGGCAGCUGCAGGAGGCGGAGGACGAGGCGGCCAAGGGAUACCCGCAGUCGCUGCGCCACCGGGGCCACCGCCACGAGCUCAGCAUCGUGUCGGAGAAGUCCGGGGGAGGGCCGUACAUCUGCUGCGAGUGCGAGGAGCAGGGGCUUGGAUGGGCGUACCAGUGCAUCGCCUGCGGCUACGAGAUCCACCUCAGGUGCGGCCGGAACGCCGAGGGCGGCAGCGCGGGGACCGGUUAGCGGGUAUCUACCUAGACUAGCUAGCUGUGUAUUGGACGUGGUCUGUGUUUUGUUCCCAACAAACGUCAGCUUGCUCUUGUCAAGUCUGAUGCUAAAAUAGAUGAGAAAUGGCCUUCGUUGUAAGGUUUAGGUGGUUGGCUGAGUGCUGAAGAAUUGCAGCUGCAGCCUUGCAGGUGUUAAGCAAACCUUGAUGAUGCCCAAUCAAUCUAGUUGAGUUUCUACUGUGCCA